AUGUCCGAACACACAGCUAAGAGGUAAUAUAGCCCCAGAGGAAUUUUAUUGAAUGCUAACUUCAGUCGUAACCUCCGUCCCCUACUCCUGCACGACAUGCACCCCCAUUGGGGACUCGCCCGCCGCCUAUAUACCGCCUUCCUCAGCAAUACUGAGAGCACAAAGUACCAACAAUUGCAGGAACUGGAGAGUCUACGGACGAUUGUGGACUUUUUGGACCGCCCAGAUGCAUUCGUAAAACAUGUGCACCGCUUUGCAGCACCGUUGAUGUACAAGCUAUGUUAUGAGAAGCGGGUGGUCACGGGAGAGGAAAGUGAAGUCGUGGAGAUAGACCAGAUGUUAAUGAAGUUUGUACAGGCCGGGGAGCAUGGGCGCUGGACAGUGGAAGCAUUCCCGAUAUUGGAGUGGCUACCGAAGAGAUUCGCAGGAUGGAAGAGGGAGGGGGAAGUGGGUUUCGAAAUCGCAACUAGGAUAUAUUUAGGCAAUUAGCAAGAGGCAAAAAAGAGUGAAGGGGAUAGCUGGGUCAAGAAGGUGCAAGGGACAAUUUUACGGAAACGUUAUCGGAAAUUGAAAUGGCGUUUACCGGUACUAACCACUUUCCUCUCACUUUGUAUCGUGCCAUGUCUAACAGAUUAUAGUGGGACUACUCUACGAGGGCGGAACGGACACAUCAUCCGGAACCCUAGAAACCUUCUUUUUGAUUGCCUCAAGGUUCCCUCCUUCAUCCCUAAGGCACACGCCACCCUCGACGAGAUUUGCCCCGACCGCGUCCCGAAAUUCUCAGACUUGCCAAACCUGCCUAACAUAACCGCAGUAGUCUAUGAAGUCCUCCGCUGGCGCCCUGCAGUCAUCGGCGGGUUCGCCCACGCGACGACUAGAGAAGACGAAUACCACGGCUAUCACAUACCAGUCGGUGCGGUCGUCAUCCCAAAUCACUGGGGCAUACACAGGGACUCGGCAGUGUAUGAGAACCCGGCCGAGUCUUCCCCUAAGAGGUUCAUGGUGGAUGGAGUGGCGGACGGGUUAAAGAAGCUUGUCGCUUUCGGGCUCGGGAAGAGGGUUUGUCCAGGACAGUAUCAUAUCUCGCUAUGCAAAGCUUGACCAUUGUCAUUUGUAGGGUUCUGUGGGGGUUUGAUAUUCAUCCAGGGAAGGAGUAGCAAGGGGAGUUUACCCAUGGGUUCAUGUCGAAGCCUGCGGGGUUGGAUGUUCACCUUUCGCCGAGGGAGGGCAAGAAGGAGAUCAUUAUGAAGGAGUGGGAGGCUGUUGGUCAGAGGGGGCGAGGUUUGGUGUGCCGAGUUGCGGGUCCGACAGAGUGUUUAGGAUAUCUGGGAGGAAUAUUCUCGAGGAAACUAUUGUUUAGAACAAUUCAUUCUUCUUGAACCAUGUUUAG